AUGGCGGGAAAGAAGGAAAUAGAGAACGGCCAUAACAGCAGCAUCGGGCAGAACACUAAAAUCAAACAAGCCUCAGUAUCUUCAGGAAACCCAAUCCAAGGGCAUGCUAAUCCCCCAAGGCCAAUUGAGGAUACACCUGUGAAGAACAGGAAUACCAAGCAGGAAGCCAACUCAGGAAAAGAGAAUCGGAAUAUUCAUACGUCAAUAACAAGCGAACAGGGCUCUGCUGCGACAUGGGACAACUGUCACCGUUCCAGUCCAGCUGCAAAUAGUAAUGUCGACAAAGUGAAGGGCAAAGCUAGAGAGCAAGAUCAAAGGUCCGUAAGUGAAAUAGCAAGUAUGUUCUCAAAGACUUGCCAAAGAGCCGCAACUGGCAACAGUACACCAAUAAGCAGCAGACAGCCGUCCCCCAGCAAGUCGACUACAAGACGAACUACUCAAUCUGCUUCAAGUUCCAAAUCAAGUGGUGGAAAUCUGAAUGACGGCAGGGCCCACGCUAGCAUUGCAUCCGAAGGGCCAACGAAGAAAAAAAAGACUCGUGGAGGCAGAAGGAAGAAGUUAUCUGCUACGGAUCCAGGGGAUGAAGGAGGUUGUGGCAGCUCGGAGUCAGACACAUCGCGCCCGACAAAGUCGUCGGCCCUACCUGAAGCAGGAUCCGGGAGAAAGCUAACGGCGGUGGCGGAGAUAUUAACUAAUGUGAAGCCUGCGCCUGUAGUAAGAAUAGCAGGGAUAGGUGCAACAGAGCAAUCGAGAAAUGGUGAUGGGGGAAGCAGUCUUGUUCCAUCAUCAGCCAAUGGAGAUGAGGUUAAUCCCAUUAAGAUCGAAAAUGCAAGCGAUACUAAGGUCAUGACACCCAAUGAGGGGCAGCUUGCGAGUCGUGGCCAAAUCCCAGGAAAUAGUAGUUGCGAAGAAGCAUUCACCGGCCUGGGCAGUGGCCAAGGACCUAGUUUCACAAAGGCUGUUAACAAAAGAAACCGGCCGCGGCCUAGUAAGGCAGAGAAGCUUGUACAAAGGCAAUCUGAGGCCAAGGCUGAUUCUGCAAACUUCCAGAACAACUCCCAGGAUAUAUAUCAAAGGACUGGGUCAGAGAGUGAUCUAAAUGAACAUUCAAUGAUAAGUAUCGCGGAUAUACCUUCUGACGACGAACUUGGAGCUGAGAAAAUAGAGGAGAUCUUCGGAAGAAACGAUGUGCCCGAUUCAACCAAGCUGGAACGUAUUAAGCUCAUCAUGAUCAAGCAAAACCAAAUCAUUGCCCGAAAGACCCAAUUGGUGAACAAUUGCCUCAAGGAAAACGAGACGCUACAAGAAAGAGUUGAGGAAUUUGACUCCAGCAUCCUGACCCAGGAAGAUGACAAAAAUGAGCAACAGGGACAAAUCGACAAGUUGAAGACGAUGGUGGACGAAUUCCGGCGACAGAUGCAAAGUCAAGAGUCAUUCAUCAAAAUUGCGGAGCAGGACAGAUCUCGACUCGAAGAAGAGCUCAGAUCCAGCGCAACGUCACUCAAGAGCGCAGAAAGAGAUAGGAAGGCGCUCAAAGAAUCAGUUUCCAAGAUGACGGAAGAUAUGGCCAAAAUGCAAAACGAUAUUGUACAGCUAACAGGAGAGAAAAACGGGUUUCUCGUGACUAUUAGCAAAUAUGAGUCAGAACUUCAUAUGUUGCUGUGCCAGUUGCACAACGGCCCUACGCAGACGGAAAAUGUUCGUUUAGCGGCCGAACUUCUGGGGAAAAAUGCAGAGCUUGCUGUUACCAAUCAAAACUUCAAGGAUUUGCAAAGAGAAUUUACAGCCUUGAGAAAACGCCACAAGAAGGAGCAAGGCAGGCGCAUGCCAUCAGCACUGAAUACGGAGCUAAGGUUUCUGAGGGACGGAAAAGAAGAGGAGUGGGAGCCUUUGAUAGAUCAGAGUGGCGUGGAGAGAAAUCCUUUUGCCCUGCUGUCAUCUCCAGUCACGCCAACUCUUUUCCAAUUUGGCGAACCAAUAUCCUUUGGGGCUGGUGGAGAGAAGGAAGUUACGUAUAAAAUCCCAAAAACGUUUCUGCGCCAAACGGGCGAGGAAACAAAGGACUCAGACUCUCUCGUGUGUCCGAAUGGUUGUCCUCAGACAGAGACCUCACAGAGGGUAUUGCGCUUGAUGGAAAAUGAAGAGCUAGAAGUGUUGGAAGCUUCGACGCAGACACAGAAAUAUGUUGAACUUGGCAAGGACAACUCGGCUCAGACAAACGUGGUGGAGAUGCUGGAGGCUUUCACACAGACAAUUGCAGGUGAUGGUACGCAGGAAUCGGAGGUGAUCGAAGCUUCCACGCAGACAAUGUGCGAACUUGGGGUCUCCAGAGGCAGCCAAACAACCCAGUUGGGCUUUUCAGCAGGUUCAUCGCAGACAGAGACAGAUGUGAGAGUUCAUACGGUGAAGAUGUUGGAAGCUUCUUCACAGACGACGGUGGGGAUUGAUUUCUCAACCUCGACCCAGACGGACACAGUUGCUCUGUUAGAAGCUUCGACACAGACUGACAGAAAUUAUGGCGCUUGGGAGAUGACCGAUGUUUUGGUACAGACAGAGCCAGUCACCGCCCUCCAAGGAAGCGGUUUGGCGCGGGGGAUUAGACUUGCGCUCAUCAUGUUUGCAUGGGCGACGAUCAUGCUAUGGGGACACAAGGAGGACCAGCGAUUGUGGCUUGAUGCCAAUGGGGUGUCCCGUGCUUCCCUCGUAGCCAUUCGAGAUAGGUCGCUGGGCCCAUUUCUAUGGCUUGAGCAGUUAAAAUUUGAGCUCAUUCUCUGGUUGCAGGUAGACCGGGUACUUCCUGGAUGA